AUGCCGUCCGCCGUCGUGCCCGGUCGACUGCUCCCGGUCUACUUCAUCGGCCAUGCCGGGGUAGGCCUCCUGUUCAGCGAGUCGCCGCAAAACCGGGUCGUUCAAGACAACCUCCGUGCCAUUAGCGAGGAGAUCCGCGCGAUAUCACCCCGGCCGAAGGCCAUCCUUACUUUUAGCGGACACUUUGAGGCCGGGGAGAUUCACGGGCCCGGGGUAAUAGAAGUCAAUGUGAAGAAAGGAACACAUAUCAUGCACGAUUUUGUCAACGACUUCCACGACUCGGCGCCAUUCGUCUACGAGUACGACUGGCCGCACGAGGACGCCCCCGAGCUGGCAACAGAAGUGUGGAGACACCUCACGAAGUAUGGGAUCAAGGCCAAGCGGGUGGAACGCGGUGUCGAUCACGGCGUCUGGGUCCCCUUCAAGCUCAUGUUUCCGCCCGAGAACCCGCUCGGCGUUCCCGUAGUCCAGGUCUCUACGUUCUACGGCUACGAUCUAGAGAGCCAAAUUCGGCUGGGAGAGGCUGUUGCGCCGCUCCGCAACGAGGGCUAUCUCAUCGUCGCCUCCGGCAUGGCCGUGCACUCCUUCCGCUCCAUCGCCGAGAUACGGCGUGCGCCGUCCGCCGGAGCAAGGGAGCUCGCGCGGCAGCAGGUCCUAGGGGAAUCGCGGAGGUUCGACGCGCAUCUCCGAGCAGCUGUGGCGAAGCGCGAUGCCGCGGAGGGCGCAGAGGCGCUGCUGCAGCUGGAGUCGCUGCCGGAGUUCCGCCGCUGCUCGUAG